GUCAUAACAAAUCUCUGUCUCAGGUUUUAAAUUGUGCCUGUGAUGUGAGAGAGUUGUUCCUACGUAUCGUUUCAUAUUAUUAGUUAUUUUUAAUUUCUUUUGGAGUUAGGUCACAGUUUGUUUUUGUGUUCAGUAGUAGAUUCGCGAUAUUAAGUUAUCAUAUAAAUUUCCGGUCCGGAACAGUGAUGGUGAUAUCAGCGGAUCACGAGCGCAAUGGCAUUGCGGACUUCUUCACGCAGACCGAUCCAGAGGUGCGGAAAGUUACGUUGACCAUAGGAGGUAUCAUCUCUAAAAAUACCAUACGAGAGAUCACCCUUGAAAAAUCACUGAACGUAAUGCUGGAAAACUGUCGCGAUGCCGCCUCACUGCUGUCAAAAAACAUCGUAAAACCAGAAUUCAUCUACAAAUAUUUGCACAACUACAACGUUCAGUUAUCGCCGGAUAGUACAAAAUCUAGUCUGAUUAAUCAGUGCCUCAACUUUUGGCGCAUCAAGUACGGUGCACCAGUGGACCCCAAUGCCUCCAGUUCCGACCAGCAGCUGGCUGUACUUCCGUCAACAUCAGCGGAGUCAAGUUCGUCUAACAGUACGAUGCAGAAUGCAGUUGGUAACCUGAAAAACCUCGUUGCGACGGGUGGACCAAUGGGAAACAACACUAACGGGCCUGGAUACGAAACGAGCGAACCAGGCUUGGAGCAGUAUCCAGUGAAUCUGCUAGCGCUGGACUACACGAUCUGGUUUUAUCUCAAAUGGAACCGCAAUUCACUGGACGAGAGUGCAUUUUGGCCCGACGCCGUUUGCUCAGUGAUGCUCGAAAUCAGUGAAUCCCAACAAGGGGUUGAGGAGGUCCGAGGACAGAAGGACAUCAUCAAUUUAAUUUUAAGUUUGAAGUUUCAGUACAACUUCCAGUUCGUGCCAAAUGUGAUGUUUGAUGGCUGCCAGGGUCGAAUUACGCAAACCGGAGUGCUAGUGCUGACAGUCGGCGUAGUCUAUAGCAAUCGAGUAGGACCGGAUAAUCGACAGACUAGUCUAGGGGAGUUUGAAAGUAUGAUUGGAUUACGGAGGGAUCCACAUGAAAACAAUAAUUGGAAAAUAACUAUGUUCAAGCUCUAUAUACGAUACAAACCUGUGGAUAAUUUACCUGCCUUGUCCAACAGUAGAAUGCUUACCGAGUGUUUACUUAUUCCGUUGAGUUUGGACUCUGUCUGAUUGCCACCUGGAGGUACUGUAUUGUUAUCUUAGUAAUAGUUGUGUGCAAUAGGAUGAAAAUCAACAUAUAUGAGUCGAAACGAAUUUACAAUGCUUCAAAAGUGUGAGAGCCGGCAAUAGAAUGCAGUAUAAUGAAA